AUGAGCAUCUACGACCCCCUAGGUCUCCUGUCCCACUUUACCAUCCAUGGAAAGAUCCUAAUCCAGGACAUUUGGAGAAGCGGAAAGUCGUGGGAUGAGCUAAUCCCGGAGGACAUCCACAAGCGUUGGGAGAAAUGGAUCGCUUCAUUCCCGGAACUGAACGAGAUCCGCAUACCCCGUGCAUACUUUCCCAGUUGGACUUCCCGCGAUCUUGGAGCGUUGCAAUUACAUGCAUUUGUAGACGCCAGCGAAUCCGCUUACGCAUGCGCCGUAUACUUGCGGGCAGAAGUAGAUGGGGGAGUCGAGUGUACGCUAAUAUCGGCGAAGGCGAAAGUGACACCGUUGAAAAUGCUGACGAUACCGCGGGCGGAACUGAUGGCGGCGCUCAUCGGGAGUCGUUUGAUCGACAACAUCGUCAAGGACCAUUCUUUGAAAAUCACUCGACGGAUAAUUUGGACCGAUUCGCGCACUGUUCUGGCGUGGAUUACUUCGGAUCUCAGGCGUUACAAUCAGUUUGUAUCGUGUCGCAUAGGGGAAAUCAUCGAGAAAACGAACCCAUCGGAAUGGCGGUGGAUUCCCAGCAAGUUGAACGUGGCGGACGAUGCAACGAAGUGGGGCGCAGGACCAGAUAUGGCAGCAGCUAGCAGAUGGUGGUCGGGACCGAAGUUUCUCUAUGAGUCCGAAGAGAAUUGGCCGGCUCAGGAAACGGUAUCACAAGAACCGACGGAGGAGCUUCGCGUAUCGAAGAGAGAAGUUGUGGGAGCGCAUCGUGAAGUAGACAGUUGGACCUGGCGAAUCGACUGGGCGAAUUUCUCUCGGUGGAACAGGCUGGUUCACACAUUCGCUUAUGUAUACCGCUACGUGGGAAAUCUCGGCAGAGAAGCUAGGGGUCUCGACCUCUUGAUCGAUUCACUGAAACAAAAUGAACUGGUUGCGGCUGAGAGGCUGAUUUAUCGGACGGCUCAGAGGGAGGAGUAUCCUGAGGAAAUGGCCAUAUUGGAGUCGAACCGAGCUGGAAAGAAAAACCUGAAACGCAGCAGCAAAUUGAUAAAGCUUUCACCUUUCGUCGAUGAGCACGGGGUCAUCAGGAUGGAGUCAAGGAUCAGCGCAGCAGCGUGCGUCGGAUAG